UCCAUCCCGCUAGAACCCUAGCGGGAAAUUCCGGAACGAUCUGGACCGUCCAUCUGGCGGCUCAUUACACUGCCUAGGUUUGCUCGAUCAGCGAUGGGAUUGAUUGAAGCGCUCUCACGGACGAAUCGCCUUGGUGUGUCCUCUCCUCUUUCUUGUGCUCGAUCGCUCUUCUUUACAUGAUCCUCGUUUCCUGCAGCUACUUUCGUUGUCCCGGCUCUAAAAGAUCAAGAAAUGCGCGUCGUUUGAGCUUCCUCUUCGAUCGACGAGGAAUCGAAGAGAAUGAGCAGCGAUCGUCGACGCUCUUCUUACAUCUGGUGGUACGAUAAGAGCUUGAAUUUCUUCCGUGACCGCAGCGCCAAGCAAGAACUGACGACUCGAUCAUCCAAAACUCUCACGGACUUGGAUUGCUGCUCGGUUUGCCAGGAGCAAUUCACUCUUCCUUGUCAAGCGAAUUGCACACACUGGUUCUGUGGAGAAUGUAUUCUCAGAGUGUGGGAGUAUGGAUCAGCGUUACUCCCUUGUAAAUGUCCCAUUUGUCGACAACCAAUCACUCACUUGUGGCCUAGCGAAUUUUCUACGACUGAAGAGGCUACGAAUUUCAUGCCACUGCUGACUGACAUCGCGACUUACAAUCUUAACUUCGAUAGCCGAGUGAUCACCAUUUUGCGACGCUGGCUACACUGGGUGAUCUUCCAGCUGAAAUUCCCCGACACAGAGGUUCGGUGUCUCCACGUUCUUCACUUCCUUUUUCUCCUGGUUCUCGCUCUUUACGUCGUUUGCACGCUCAAUCUCAUACUCGAAGGUUCAGUGACAGAUGGAGAUCUUUACAAGCUCGUUCAAGCUCUCCAGGCUUUGUAAAUACUUCUCCGAGGCAAACUAAAGUAGGAUCCUUUUCGAUCGGC